AUGAGGAUGGGGGCGGUGGAAGCAAGGCUCCAGCAGCCCGAAGCUAACACUAACCCUGAUCUUAGACCUCGAAAAGGAGAAACGGAAAGGGAAAAUCAAGCUCCUCCACCCUUGGUGAACUACAGAGGAAUAUGCAUCGACAUCAACGUCUUAAAAUGCCUCGAGUUGAGAGGAGAAGGCGGCAACAACAACAUGAAGAGGUAG